AUGGUUAAUGAUCAGUCACAUGUACUCAGCGAUUUAGAGAAAAAUAUGAAAUUGGCUCAGACUAAACUACAGGACCUAGAAGAUCGCUCUAGGUGCAAUAACUUGAAAAUGAUUGGCUUACCUGAGAAACAGGAAUUUGCAGAUUUGUUAUAUUUUGCUGCAAUUAUACUUCCUAAAGCUUUGGGAGCUCAACAACAGUUUUUGCCUAUAAAGAUUGAAAGGGCUCAUAGGAUGGGUUCCCAAAGAGUUAAUUCUGCAGGAUUAUCGCAAAACAGACCAAUAACGAUCAAGUUCUUAAAUUAUCAGGACAAAAUGAACCUCCUGAGACUUUAUGAAACCCAGGAGAAUCCAAAGGCUUGGUCUGGACAGGGAGGAAUUGGCAACUUGCAGUCAAGUGAAGUGUCAAAUCGUAAUCCAAAUCUCAAGUUUCACGCAGAUGGAAGAAUCUUGCAGGCAAGAACAGUAGAGCAGGAGAAUCUGAACAAAUGGUCUGGGAACAAAGGAAAAUGGUCAUACACAAUAAAAUUCACAGAGAGAAAGCACACUCAGGAACGCAAUCCAAACACUGGGCAAAAAAUGAUCACUCACAAUAAAGAAGGUAACGAGAAUGACAUAGAUGCUGGGGAAUUAAGAAAAGACAUCCCUCAAAUAAAUAUUGAGGCAGGAGUGAAUCUAUUUGAAGGAGAUAUCAUGUUGCCAAAAAGUCGCAAUGCCCUUCGAGAUGAUUUUUAUAGGUGGACAUUUCCCAUCCCUUACAUACUGGCAGAUAACCUGGACUUGAAUGCUAAAGGAGUCAUACUUAAGUCUUUUGAAAUGUUCCGACUAAAAUCAUGUGUGGAUUUUAAACCGUAUGAAGGAGAGUCUACUUAUAUUCAUUUUCAGAAAUUUGGUGGGUGUUGGUCAAUGGUUGGUAACCUAAAGACGGGACAAAACCUUUCCAUUGGUGAAAGGUGUGACUACAAGGCCAUUGUUGAACACGAGAUCCUUCAUGCUCUUGGUUUUUACCAUGAACAGUCACGAACUGACCGGGACGACUAUGUGGAAAUCUGGUGGGCUGAAAUUACUGAAGGCAUGGCACACAAUUUUAACAAAUAUGACGACUACUUAAUCACUGAUUUGAAUACUCCAUAUGAUUAUGAAUCAGUUAUGCAUUACGGGCCUCUCUCCUUCAAUAAAAAUGAAAAUGUGCCUACUAUCACCGCAAAGAUCCCAUCAUUUAAUGACAUCAUUGGACAACGUCUAGAUUUAUCAGAAAUAGACUUGGAGCGUUUAAACCGCAUGUACAACUGCACUUCCUCUCACACUCUGCUGGACCAGUGCUCUUUUGAAUUGAGUAAUAUCUGUGGGAUGGUUCAGGGCAGCACAGAUAAUGCAGAUUGGUUGCAUGUAAUAAGUACACCAGGAACUCAGGAGGAUCACACCUUAGCUGGGCGCUGUAGAGAUGCUGGUUACUUUAUGCACUUUGACACUCAUUCGGGAAAUAUUGGUCGUACAGCUCUUCUUGAGUCUAGGAUCCUGUAUCCAAAGAGGACAGAACAAUGCCUGCAGUUCUUUUACAAAAUGAAUGGAAACCCUAAUGACAAACUUAUAAUCUGGAUACGCAUUGACGAUGGAACUGGAACUGUAAGGACAAUGAAGAAAAUUCAGACAAUUCAAGGUGAUCACGAUCAUAACUGGAAAAUUGCUCACGUGACUCUCAAUGCCAAUAAAAAAUUCCGCUAUGUUUUUCAAGCAAUUCAGGGUGAUGAUAAAACUUCCAAUGGCGGGAUUUUACUGGACGAUAUUACCCUAAUGGAAACUACUUGUCCCAAUGCUGUAUGGACCAUCCGUAAUUUCAGCCAGAUUUUGGCAGGCACUUCAAAAGGAGACAAAAUUGCUAGCCCUCGAUUUUAUAGCCCAGAAGGUUAUGGCUAUGGCAUUAACCUCUUUCCACACGGCCCACUAACUUCUACUUAUGUAAAUUACACAGGAAUAUUUUUUCACUUGUGCAGUGGGGAAAACGAUGAGGUGCUAGAAUGGCCAGCAUUAAACAGGCAAGCUAUAAUGACAGUGCUUGACCAGGACCCAGAUAUCAAGCUCAGGAUGUCCUCCAGUCGCAGUUUCACUACCAACAAGGAUCAAGUUAUUGCACAUAUGAACAACAUAUCCUAUUGGGAGAAACCCUUCCUCACUGGAACUUAUGAUCCUUCUUGCGAUUGUAACAGAAGCGUACAUUUUGGAUGGAGCACAUUUAUAUCUCAUGCUCAAUUAAAACGAAGAAGUUUUUUAAAAAAUGAUGAUCUGUUCAUUUUUGUGGAUUUUGUAGACCUUACUCACCUUAUCAAGACAGAAGUACCUAUUAAGCCUGUUACCACUAUACAACCAGCAGCUGAUGAGGUUGCUGUUGAGAGGAGUAAACGUUCUGUAGAGAAUAUAGAAGAUUUAUGUGAUCCGAGCCCUUGUCUGAAUGGUGGCAUUUGUGUCAAUGAAAAUGGAAAAGCAAGUUGCAGAUGCUCUUCUUCCAAGGCAUAUUUCUAUAUGGGUGAGCAAUGCGAGUCAAUACAAGUCCAUGCAAACGUUCUUGGAAUCAUGAUUGGAGGAGCUGCAGGAACUAUAUUUCUGACUAUUUCUGUUCUUGCGAUAAUUCGCAGACGAUAAAAGGGAAAAUAAUAUUGUACAU